UGGGUCGGGCGCGCGCCACAACGUCAAUAUUCCCUGGCGCGACCGCGUUUGUUUAACCUAUAUUCGCUCAAGGUUCGCUGCGUGUGUUAGUGAAUGCGUGCCGUGAUUUGAACGUGUUUUGGACAGCUCGCCCGCAUUUGGCAGUGUCAUCGUUGCCGUGUUUCAGGUGAUAAGCCGUUGAUAACAGGAGAUUGUGAUGAGUUAUUACCCCACAGAGAGGCGUGGUGGCUGCAUGGAGUCCAUAACCAGGUGCUGUCGGCAAGCGUACUUGUACCCAGUGGAUAGUCGCAAGCUGCUCUAUGUGGUUGGAGGAGUGGUAGGAGUCGUUCUGGUUGUUAUUAUCUGGUCAAGUCUCUCCGGUGGUUCAUCUGAAACCGGACCUCAACCAGGGAGCACAGUCCUACGGCAAGCUCCGCUGAUAGUUGGGAGUAAUUACUUCCUGACCAACCUAAACGAUCUAGUUCACAACCAGGUGUCCAAGGUAAAGUUCGAUCAGGAUCUCAAGAAUGACACUAUCUUCGGCACUACAUCUUGUAAGAGUUGCCAGACGGAUCUUUCGAGACUUAAAAGCGGCCUUGUUGGAUCCCAGAUAUGGAGUAUCGAUGUACCAUGCGCUGCUGAGUACAAAGAUGCUGUUGCGCUGACUCUAGAACGGGUUGAUGCUAUCCACAGACUCAUCAAACAAUACCCCAAUAGUCUGUCCCUUGUCACCUCCAGCAUUGAACUGAGUAAAAAUUUCAAGGAAAAGCAAGUGAGUAGUAUUCUUGCCGUGACGAGUGGCCACUCCAUCGAUGGCCGAAUGCCAGUAUUGCGAAUGUUGUACGAUAUGGGUGUGCGUGUCAUGUCACUGACUUCUAGCUGUUCUAGCGACUGGGCCUCAUCGUACAGCUCAACUACUGACAGUGGUCUGUCAACAUUUGGACAGGAUGUAGUAAAGGAAAUGAACCGCCUGGGGAUUGUAAUAGAUUUGUCUGAGUCGUCCUAUAACACUCAGUUGGGUGUCCUCAACAUCACCAAGACUCCUGUAAUAUUCUCUCGUGCUGCUGCAUACACAUUGUUCAACAACAAUCGUAAUGUCAAAGAUGAUGUGCUUGAAAAGUUGAAACUCAACAAAGGACUAGUGAUGGUAACCUUUGCCCAGCAGUAUAUUAGCAACAACGUCAAGAAUGCCUCUAUCAGCUCUGUUAUUGAUCAUAUAAACUACUUCAAGGGAAAACUAGGAGUGACUGGAGUAGGAAUUGGUGCAGAAUAUGAUGGAGAAUCUCUGACAUUCCCACCGGAACUGAGUGAUGUGUCAACAUUCCCGGUACUGUUUGAUCAGCUCGGUAACACCUGGACCAAUCGUGAUGACCUCAAGAACUUGGCUGGUGGAAACCUGCUUCGUGUUCUUCAAGCUGCUGAGGAGUAUGCCAAAAAGGUUCAGAACUCACCUGCUGAUGAAACAUACCAAUUACCAGUAUUGCAAUCAAAUGCAACCUGCUAUUCAGAUUUCUCUUCAAGAAAUCCAAAGUCAUUAUCCGAAACUGAAGUUCCACCAAGCCCACAAAGUCCAUCACCUUCUAGCCCAUCCAAAUCUCCAUCCCCAGAUGUACAGAAUCCACCAUCAUCAAACCCACAAGGUGGAUCACAAAACCCACCGAGUCCAUCAUCAAACCCCCAGAAUCCAGCAUCAAACCCACAGAAUCCACCAUCAAACCCACAGAAUCCACCAUCAAACCCACAGAAUCCACCAUCAAACCCACAGAAUCCACCAUCAAAUCCACAGAAUCCACCAUCAAACCCAACAGGUUCACCACCACCACAAGUGAAAGCAGAGAAUCCAUCGCCAAAGAUCACUCCCUCACCUACAAGCAAUUCAUCACAAUCAAAUUCGCCUCCUGCUUCACCAUCCCAAACUAGAUAAGUUCUGACAAAAAAGGAAACUAAAAAUUACUAUACAAUUAUUUUCUUUUUGAUGUUUUUUACUUGGUUUAAAAAUAAAAACUCAGUACUCACAUUUUAAAUGUAUAAAGCAGUACAGUAUUUUACUAAAGUGUAUAACUAAUACUUAAAUGAUAAAAACACUAGAAACAAACUUUACUAUAGUUGAACUUAAUACUAAUGCAUUCCUCUGUAAAUAAGUCAUUUUAAUUUAGGUUUUUCCUUUAAUUUGAUAAAUAUGUAUAGGUCUAUUUCAAAAACUUAGCAAACCUGUUUCAUUUAAAAAAAGAACAAAAAUUAAUUAUCAGUAUCUAUACUAGAUUGUAUGUGUAUUUUUCAUUAAUGUUCAACAUAUUUAACUAAUGUAAUAGUUUUAUUUUUCAGUUCAGUAAUAAUUUACAAACACGGUUUGUAACUUAUCUAUAUAAACUAAUUACAACUAAACAGGGCUGUAAUAGAGUAUUAGAAGGAGUACAUUUGUUUGAAGCUUUCAAGAUACCAUCCAAGUUUCCUGCAAAAUAUUAAAAACUGUAGAAAUUACAGGAUUUUUUUUAAACAGUAACAUAUAUAAAUAAUUAUUUUGGAGGGGUCUGACACACUGGGCGGUUUAGAAGGUAUAAAAUACCCUCCAAAAACAAGAGCCUAGGAAUCUUACUUCAAAAAAUUGUUGAGCUUGAAGACCUCAUGAAUGUUUUCUAGCUAAAACAAACCACUGGAUGAAAUUUUAAAGUUUGUUGUUGAAAAUGUUGGGGGAAAGGCUUGAGCCCCUGAGCUCUCCCCCCAACCCUUAUACUUCAGCACAAUGUCAUAAGAGAACAUUCCUGAGCUCCUAUUUUAUACCUCCUAAACAACCCAGUGUAUCAACCAUCUCCAAAAUAACUUUAUAUAAGUUAUAAAUAUAUAUAUGCCACUGGGCACAGGAUCGGUGAGGUUUCGGAGCUCAGAGACAAGAAUUGCUAUAAAAUAAUGUUUAGUGGUGAAAAGUUAUUUUGUUUAUUUACAAUAUUUGCAGCCUUCUACAUGGUUUUGAUAUUUUCAAUUAAUUAGUUAGAUAUUACUUAUAGACCUUUUCCAAUGGCAUUAAUGUAUAUAAAACCGUUAAAUGUAUUCACUUAAUGCAAGUAAUUGUCAACUUAAGCUGUAUUUUAAUAAUCAUAAAUUAGUGUUAUAUUUUGCAGUAAUGUUUUAUUAAAAAUGAAUAUUCUAUAA